AUGCACGAUUCAAUUGGAAUUCCUGCUUGUUUCUCAUUUGGGGAGAGGGCAAGUAAUGAUCCAGGUUCAGUAAUCCGAUCAGGCCAAAGUGUGUUUAUGUCAGUGUAUCAAACAAAGAUCGUUGGUCAGUGUCGUCUCAUCACAGUGACUUGGUGUAAGAAUCUGUUACUCCAUGGUCUUUCCAUCUGUGUUCAAGGACCAGAAGGAAACGAGCAAUAUCAAUGUAAGGUUGAGAUGAAGCCAUGGUACUUCUGGAGAAAACAAGGUUCUAAGCAUUUUGAAGUUGAAGGUAGAGCUGUAGAUGUGGUUUGGGACCUCAAGAGUGCUAAAUUCAAUGGAGAGACAGAACCACAGUCAGAUUACUAUGUAGCAGUUGUCUGCGAAGAGGAAGUUGUUUUGCUUAUUGGGGAUCUCAAGAAAGAUGCUUUCAGAAAGACAGGUUGUCGGCCAGCUUUGAUUGAGCCAACUCUUGUUUCAAAGAAAGAACAUGUAUUUGGGAAGAAAAUGUUCUCCACCAGAAUUCAGUUCCAUGAGAAAGGCAAGCUCCACACCAUCUCAAUUGAGUUCAUCAAUGUCAACAAUACAAAUCCCAGUUUAUCUGAUUCAUUCGAUCCAGAACUAGAGAUGAGGAUCGAUGGCCAACCAGCAAUCAAGAUCAAACACCUUCAUUGGAAGUUCAGAGGCAAUGAAUCUAUAUUAAUCAGUAGAACAAGAUUAGAAGUUUACUGGGAUGUUCAUGAUUGGCUGUUUGGUUCUGGUCCAAGGUACGGGCUUUUCAUAUUCAGGCCAAUCUCAUCAUGGUCUGAAUCUCCAUCAUCAUCACUUCCGUCAACAUCACCUACUCCUCCACCAACCUCUUCUUUAACAUCAACUACAGGAAUGUCCAUUAGAGAAGUUAUUUCUACUUCUGGAGAGGUUGAACAUGCUGCUGGAUCAUCCAAAUUUUGCUUAUUUCUCUAUGCUUGGAAGAUUGAAUGA